AUGACCGCACAUUUGAUCCCUUGGUACAAGGUUGAUGAUGAUUUUAAAGCUAUCAUCAGAGAUCUCACUAUCACUUAUCUAAUCCGGCAGCCGGCGAAUCUGGUCGAUUUCGGCUUGCACUAUUUCGCUGGGUUAAAAUCCAGUGUCGAAAUCGUGAGGGACAGGAAACAUUCUAGCGGUGUCGAAGAGAAGGAGGUAGACGAAGUAGUACAUAAACGGCCAGAAAGGAGAAAAACUAUCUACACGGAACCGUACAAUCCGGAAGAAGAUAGCAAUGAAACCAUCGUGAAAGAAGUUUAUCAAAAGACGGAUUUACAAAGGAAAUAUCUUAUUGAACAAAUGAAAAAAGUCAUGCUUUUCAGAACUCUCGAUGAUCAGCAGUUUUCUGAGUCGAUAGACGCGAUGUUCGAAAAGGAAGUCUCAGCAGGAGAGGAAGUAAUAAAGCAAGGUGAUGACGGAGACUUCUUUUACGUCGUCGAGGACGGAACAUUCGAGGCGAGCAUAAAAGACAAAUUAGGAAACAAGAAAAUCAUUAAAACUUACAAUAACUCAGGGAGUUUUGGUGAAUUGGCUUUGUUGUACAACAUGCCUCGGUCGGCGACGAUCACUGCGAUAACAGACGGCGUCCUCUGGGCUAUGAAGAGGCAGACGUUCCGACGAAUCGUCGUUUCAAACUCCUUCAAAAGGCGAAAAUUCUACGAAAAGCUGAUCGAUCAAGUGCCGAUGUUUAACGCUAUCGAAUCCUACGAGAAGUUACAACUCGCUGACGCUUUGGUACAAAAGUCGUACAAAAUGGGAGAACGGAUCUUAAAACAGGGCGACGCCGCCGACGGCAUGUAUUUCGUGAUGCAGGGAGAAGUCGAAAUAUCUAUAAUCAACGACAAGGGUGAAGACGUCGUCUUGAAAGUCCUCAAGAGCGGCGACUACUUCGGCGAGCUUGCCUUGGUCAACCAUCAACCGAGAGCUGCUUCUGCCUUCGCCAGAAAAAAAGCCGAUCUCGCCUACCUCGAUGCGGAAGCUUUUGAACGCCUCCUCGGACCCUGCAUGGAUCUUAUGAAAAGAAAUAUGUCACUUUAUGAAGAUCAGAUUAAAUUUGUUCUAUCUGCAGGAAAGGUUUUACAAUAA